GCUCGCGCCCGGGUCUGCGCGUCUGCUCUCCAGCUCAUGCCCUUUGGAGCCGCGCGCCCCGGGACUGCGGCAGCGCACACAGAGUGCUCGGUUGGCUGCGGGGCAGCGGGAGGCGGCGGCGGUGGCCAAAGUGAGCUGGAGGCAUGGGCCAGGCGGCCUGGAAGGGGUUCGUGUUGUCUCUGUUCGACUACAAGACAGCAAAGUUCGUGGUCGCCAAGAGCAAGAAGGUGGGGCUGCUCUACCGGGUGCUGCAGCUCACCAUCCUGUUGUACUUGCUCAUAUGGGUGUUUCUGAUAAAGAAGAGUUAUCAGGACAUUGAUACUUCCCUGCAGAGUGCUGUGGUCACCAAAGUCAAGGGAGUGGCCUAUACCAACACCACGAUGCUUGGGGAACGGCUCUGGGAUGUGGCAGACUUUGUCAUUCCGUCUCAGGGGGAGAACGUUUUCUUCGUGGUCACCAACCUGAUCGUGACUCCUAACCAGCGGCAGGGCAUCUGUGCUGAGCGAGAAGGCAUCCCUGAUGGCGAGUGUUCGGAGGACUCUGACUGUCACGCUGGGGAGUCUGUUGUAGCGGGACACGGACUGAAAACUGGUCGCUGUCUACGGGUGGGGAACUCUACCCGGGGCACCUGUGAGAUCUUUGCUUGGUGCCCAGUGGAGACAAGGUCCAUGCCAACGGAUCCCCUCCUGAAGGACGCAGAAGGCUUCACCAUUUUCAUAAAGAACUUCAUUCGCUUCCCCAAGUUCAACUUCUCCAAAGCCAAUGUACUAGAAACGGGCAACAAACAUUUCCUGAAAACCUGUCACUUCAGCUCCACCAAUCUCUACUGCCCCAUCUUCCGACUGGGGUCCAUUGUCCGCUGGGCAGGGGCUGACUUCCAGGACAUAGCUCUGAAGGGUGGUGUCAUAGGAAUCCACAUUGAAUGGGACUGUGACCUUGAUAAAGCUGCCUCCCACUGCAACCCGCACUAUUAUUUCAACCGUCUGGACAACAAACACACAGAAUCCAUCUCCUCUGGGUACAACUUCAGGUUUGCCAGGUAUUACCGUGACCCUCAAGGGGUAGAGUUCCGUGACCUGAUGAAAGCCUACGGCAUCCGCUUUGAUGUGAUAGUUAAUGGCAAGGCAGGAAAAUUCAACAUCAUCCCCACAGUCAUCAACAUUGGUUCUGGGCUGGCGCUCAUGGGUGCUGGGGCUUUCUUCUGUGACCUGGUACUUAUCUACCUCAUCAGAAAGAGCGAGUUUUACCGAGACAAGAAGUUUGAGAAAGUGAGGGGUCAGAAGGAGGAAGCCAAUGUUGAGGUUGAGGCCAACGAGAUGGAGCAGGAGCUGCCAGAGGACAAGCCACUGGAGAGGGUUCGUCAGGAUGAGCAGGCCCAGGAACUGGCCCAGAGUGGCAGGAAGCAGAAUAGCAACUGCCAGGUGCUCUUCGAGCCUGCCAGGUCUGGCCUCCAGGAGAAUGCCUUCGUGAACAUGAAGCAGCCACAGAUCUUGCAAACAGUGAAGACGUAGCCAGAGCUCUUGGCAGGGGACAGAUUCAAAGAUGCCUGGGCCAGGACAGGCCAUGGCUCUGAACUGGGGAGAGGCACCACGGUGGGGCCCCCCCAACUCAGGACAUGGCUUCUGAGAACAGGUCCUUCAACUCCACCCAGCUUGGGUGGGAUCCUGCUGCAAGCUUUGUUUCACGGAAGGCCUCCUGGUGGCCAAAGUGGCUCAGGCUGCAGGAAGGAGGCCCUGGGGCAGGCCCGCAGGGAAGGGGCAGGCCUGGGGUUUCAGUGGUUGCUUUCUGUCCCUGACUCUGAGCCCAGCUGGACAUUUGUUUAUUUACACAGGCAGUGCACAUUUAUUGGUGCAUGCUGCACUUCAGUCCUAUCUGAGAGACUUAAAGGAGAUGCUGACCUGGCCCUAGGGUAGGGGGCACACAGGUUAACUCUCACCAGAGACACCAUAGUCAACCCAGCCAGCCUGGCCCUCCUCCAGCCUCUAGCCAAGCCUCUGACAAGUCCCUGCAGAGAAUGAUGGCUGCUCUGAAAAAGCUGUUGGAUGACAUCCAGGGGACACUUAGCUCCACCCCCAGAUGUAACAAGUAAAGCAGGCCAAGGAGGCACCUGGAAAAAAGCUUAAGGGGAGAGCAAACACCCAGGCCUCCUAGGUAAGGCUGGGGAAGGAAGGCAAGCCAGCCACUACCGGAAGCCUAGGGUGGCUCUGGAAAUUGACUUGCCCAGGUCAGACAUGGACUUGUGUGGUUCAGCCCUUGCUGCCUGGUUGGUGCUGGGGGGUCCCUGUCUGUCUUCCUUCCUGUGCUCAGAAGCCCAGCCUUGAUGUGCUAAUGAGAUAAAGGAUAAUUGAAAGGCUGUUCCUGACCUGUGUCCCAGUUCCUUCUCCCACUGCAUCUCAUUUCAUGGAACCCAAAGUGGUUCCAGUAUCCACGCUCCAGAGAGCCUGACAAAAAAUGCAGGGCUGCAGGCCUCUCUCCUUAAUCCUUCCCUUAUGAGUUUCUUCAAGUUCCAGUGACUUGCAAGCACACUGUUGUCGAUGCCAGUUUGGGUGACUUACACAUGCUGCCCUGAGGCCAAGAGGGUCCCUGUCCCAUCCCCACUUGUUUUUGUUUGAGACAGGAGGUCUCUAUGUAGCCCUGGCUGUCCUGGAACUCUAUACAGACCAGGCUGGCCCCACAGGUAACUGUCUGCCCCUUAAGUGCUGGGACUAAAGCCACUGCACCUGGCUUCUCAUCUCCAUUUGGAAGACAACGGUAUGCUCAUUUUUUUUUUUUUUAAAUUCAAACAUUUUGAUGAGGUUAAUACUUAAUCUAAUUCAAAAUUUAAAGGUUCAGACAUAGAAGUAGCCAGGUGUGGUGGUCAACAACUUUAAUCCCAGCACUUGGGAGGCAGAGGCAGGCAGAGUUUAAGGACAGCCCAAUCAAUGGAAGUAGUUCUAUGCUAAGGAGUAUAUAGAGAGACCCUGGUUUUUAUUUCUUGAAAUAAGAAAAAGACAUCCUUUCCUAUUAACCCUUUCAUUUUUCUGAGGAACGUCUGGCCAGCUGGCCAUUCCUUUCCUAUAAGACCAAAUUCCCUGUCAAAACCAGACUUGGGACACAUUUAAAUACAGGGCUGGGGAUCAGGCUCACUUUCAUCUAUCCGGUGGAUAUCUGGGCGCUUCUUUUGACACUAGGGAGCUCCUCUCUGAAAAGCACCCCACCACAUGUAGAACCCUUACCGACGGUAAUCAGAAGGGGCCUGGUAGCUGGGUGAGGUGGCACACACCUGUAGACUCAGCAUAUGGGAAGUGGAGGUGGGUCACCUGAGCUCAGGAAUUUCAACCUAGGCAACAGAUAGUUUCUAGAAAAAAGGGUAGAGGGCUGAAGCAAUGGCUCAGUGGUUAAGAGCACGGGCUGCUCUUUCAGAAAGGCCAGGUUCAGUUCCCAGCAACCACGUGAUGGCUCAUAACCUCCUGUUCCAAGGGAAUCAGAUGCCCUGUUCUGGCCUCUGUGGGCUCCAGGCAUGCUCUGGUGCAGAUAUACAUGCAGCCAAAACAC